AUGAUGAACUUCAAUGGCCAGGUUACUCGGCGAAAUGUUAACAUGGGAUCAAGGGCCCCUAGAAAAACUAGGGACACAAUCUUGAAGAACGCUGAACUGGAAAGGGCUAGAAGACAAAGGGAAAGGGCGGAAAUCAAUGCUGUGUUGACGAUUCAGAGAUACAUGCGGAAGAGAAUAUCCAACAAUUUGAUAUUUCACAGGUUGGUUAAGCAAAGUUUGACGGAUAAAACCGCGGCGUCGAUUUUGAAAGUCUUUUCGAAAAGGCUAUACGCAUACCUUGAGCCCAAUGAAUUUGUGUAUCUUAUCAAUCGUACGGUUGCAGACUCUUCGGCAUUAUUUCUAUUCAGUAAUAUGCUAGGUGAUGUGUCCGAAAGAAAGACUUCUGAAGAGUUAGAUACAAUACUCAUGCGUUCAGUGAAAUCUCUUGACACACCAGCCGCAAGUGAAACUCAUAUACAUAACAAACUGAAAUUCGUUCUUAACUGCCCUUACCUUAUUACUGAUGAACAACUCAGUGCACUAACACAACCUUCCUGCAACAGUAGCGGUGAAUAUGAAAAUUAUUGGAAUGAUUUAUAUUUCAUUUCAAGCCUGCAUACCAUGAAGAAGGAGAAUUAUUUAUUAUUCAUAAGUGCUCUAUUCUCGUCAGAAUUGAAACCGCAGCUUCAAUGUGCAUUGGAUCGCAACAAAGAUGAUAUGGCUAACUACGUUGUUAAUUUCUUAGCAGCCUUCAAGGGUAUCAAGGAAGCUACUCUAUCAGUCCACACCUCAUGGUUCGUUAUCAUAUGUUCAAAGCUAAAUGAACCACUUAGUAUCGAUGUCAGGCUUAUUGAUGACAAUCUACAGGAAUCUCUACUAAAUUGUUUUGAUUGGCUCAAAGAAGAGUCUUCUUCCUAUUGGAAAGGUAUUCAUUUCUUUUUGAGUCAACUUCCGUCAAUGCAGCGCAAUUCUAUUUUGAUGUCAAUAUUGACAAACACUCAUAUAAGAAAUGAUCUUCUUGAACUACUCUGUGAUGAUUCCGUAGCUGCUAAUUUGAAUGCGUUCUCUGUUUGUUCCCAAAUGCUAAACUUUUACAUCCCAUUGUCGCCUGAUGAUCAACUAUUUAAGACUAUAAUAACGAGAGAUCGAUUACAGGCCCUUUCAAUAAAUAUUGCAAAGCUUCUAAUAUCAAGCAUUUUGGGCUCGGACACCUUUAUCCCCUCCCAGGAACUAGACACCUUCAUCGAACUCAUGUGGAACCUCAUAUACUUAGAUUCUAGGGUUCAAUUCCUCAAGAAAGGGACAAGCACCUUUUGGGAUUUGGUUCCUGAGGAAAUGCAUAACUUAAACAUCAAAAAAGAGAUAUUAGAAUUCGAGCAGUAUUAUAGAGCGUACCUGGUACGCUUCGAGGAGAUGGAUCUAAAUGAGGACGAGAUGUUUGACAAGAAAAAGUUUAUUGACCAGAAUAUCAAAGGACAGUACUUGGACGAUUUAAAAUCCAAAAGAAGGGGAUCUUCUAGUAAAAUCCGGAAACUUGAGUUAUUAUUUAAGUUUCCAUUCAUGAUCAAAUUCUUUGAAAGAGUUGACUAUUUUAAUGAUUUGAUAGAGGCUGAUAAGAUCAGAAUUUACAGUCGUAACAGCUUUUUUGGUGUGUUUCCUGGUGAAAAUAGGUUAAGAUCAACCAUACGGAGAGAGCACGCAUUGGAAGAUGCUUAUAAUGCCUACGGUGCGGUAGGCGAGAUGUUUAAAGAAAAACUCGGAAUACAAUUUGUGAAUGAAUUCGGUCCUGAGGCCGGUAUAGAUGGUGGAGGUAUCACGAAGGAAUUUUUACAAACGUUAGUCCAAGAAGGCUUCAUUAAUCAGCCUUUCAAAUUAUUCGACACAACAUCAUUCAAUAAACUUUAUCCUUCUAAGAAUGUUUCCCCCCAAAAUUUGAAGUACAUUUCUUUCAUGGGGAAGAUUUUGGGAAAGUGCUUAUAUGAAAAUAUUUUGGUUGAUGUUGAAUUAGCAGAUUUCUUUUUGAAGAAGAUUCUCAACGUUGAAAAUAACAUGAACGUGCCAUUCAAUGAUCUAUAUUCUUUAGAUCCUGAAUAUUAUAGAAACUUGAUGAAACUCUUGGAGAUGUCAGAGAAUGAGCUAGCGUAUAUGGAUUUAUACUUUGAGGUUCCUGAUGCACCAAAUGGUAAACGGAUACCAUUAAUCAAGGAUGGCUUGUCUACAAAGGUAACGCAGAAGAAUGUUUUCGAAUACAUUACUCGCAUUUCUCAUUAUAAGUUGAACUUACAAUUAUACACUGUGACCAGUAGGUUCAUUACUGGUCUUUCGUAUAUGAUACCUGCACAUUGGUUGAGAAUGUUCACAUCAUAUGAAUUGAAGACCCUAAUCAGUGGUUCUGAGAAAGAUUUCGACCUCGAAGACUUAAAGAAAAACACGUCAUAUGGUGGCUUCUCGGAAAGCAGCGUCACAAUCCAACAUUUCUGGCAAGUACUGAGUAGUUUUACACCAGAAGAAAGGCGAAAAUUUCUAAAAUUCGUCUUUUCUGUCCCCACAGCGCCGCUCAAAGGCUUCCAUUCUCUAAAUCCAUUAUUUGGGAUACGUAACGCUGGUGAUGAAACUGAUAGACUACCCACAGCAUCAACGUGCAUCAAUUUAUUGAAGUUACCUGAUUAUCAAAAUUAUCAUACAUUGAGAGAGAAAUUACUCACAGCAAUUAAUUCAGAUUCGAGGUUUGAACUAUCUUGA